CUGGAAAGUGAAAGUAAAGUUGCGAACAAACAGCGGAACAAGGCGGUGUAAGCAGUUGUAUAAAGCGCUCCGGUAAAACUCGUCGAUCGCGUUUCGUCGCUUGAUUUAAGGGCACCGGGAGGUUGGGUGAUCCUCCCUUCAGGGUAUGGAAGAGGAUGACAGACAUCCCAGCUGCAGAAUUUAGUAUCUCACAUUCUGAUUUUGAAAUUAUUCAAGAGAACGUGCAGAACAACAUGAGCCUUUGCAAAACACUUCAGCAAGCAGAAGAAGAGUUAGAAUUGUGGCAGAGUAGAGUUGACAACUUAGAAAGCAUAAAAUCAGGUUUAAUCUGUGCAAAGCUGGAUGCAGAGGAAAAAAGGAAGAAAAUUUCUCAUGAACUGUACAAGCUGAAUAAUGAGCAUGAGAAGCUCCAGGGAGAGAUUCAAAAGACAAAGGAGUCCUUUAAGGAGAAGCUCUUUGAUAAAGAGACUGAAUGUGAACAACUAAAAGGACGACUGAUUGAACUUGAAAAACAACUCCGAAUUAAGCAAGAGGAAUGUGGCCUACUACAUGCUAAAUUCAAGAUGAAGGCAACUUUGCCUGACAAGAAUAUCAGAUUCACCAAACUCAAAGAAAGUGUGCCAACAGCUGAAGAGGGAGAAGACUUUUUGAAGAUCAAGUGCUGCUAUGUCAUCUUACCUCAAGUAUCACUGGCUCUUCAGAAUGGACAAGCCUUAAUCACCUUUGAAAAUGAGCAAGUUGCUAAUACAAUUCUGAAAAUACCCAAACAUCACAUAAACCUGGAUCCUGGGAAGCUAGAUGUGAAGCUUCAUCCUGUCAAACUGGGCACAGCAAGGAAGUUUGAGGUACAUGUUGACAUCUGCAGGAAGACGGUUAAAGUUUCCCAAAUUCCAGACAACCUUCCCGAAGAACAGAUGAGAGACAAGUUGGAAAUUAGCUUUUCAAAGCCCAGUUUAGGUGGAGGGGAGGUGGAGAAUGUAAGUUAUGAUCGUAAUACUGGAACUGCCCUGGUCACCUUUGUUGAGAAAGGAACUGCCCAGCGUGUUGCGGAAAAGAAGAAAUUCACAAUUACCCUAAAUGGGAUAACAACCUGUUCAGUGUCUGUUGAAUCUGUGCAGGAUUAUUCAUUAGAGAAGUUUCAGACAUUUAAUGGAAUUUGCAAGCGAACUGUGAUGAUAUCAGAUAUCAAAAAUGCCAUGGAAGAGGAAGAAUUACAGGACAAGCUUGAAAUUCAUUUCCAGAAACCAAGCAACCAUGGUGGUGAAGUUGAGAACAUAAAAUAUGUCCCACAAAAUCAAUAUCUAACCGUGUACUUUGAAGAAAACGAGGAAGCCAUCCAGCCAUUUGGUUUCAGUCUCUGAGCUGCAUGUUCUUUUUAAGGCCACAUUUCUCUUUCUGUCUGUUGAAAUAGUUUAUUUUUGUCACUUCUGGCAGGACAUUUUAUGCAUGGUGCAAUAAAAGUUAUGAUUAUUGUUAUCAUUAUUUUUGCUUAUGUAUGUAUAUUUAGUUUAAUCACUCACGGAGAUGUUUUGUAUUCUGUAUAAAACCAUUCUGUUUGUGCUUCUACCUGUCAUACAAGGAGUAUGACAGGUACCUAGAUUCCCUGCAAUUAGACCUACCCCAGCUCAGGACAACACUCUCACAGACUUGCAAAGGACCUCGACUGUUCUUCAUCCACAGAAGAAUCCUUACACUAAACAGUUCUUUCUAGCCAUAUCGGAAAUUAAAGACAGUAAGUACCAAAAACUUUCAUGUACUUACCCCCACACUCUGGUUCUUCAACCGUUCCAGAAUCUUCCAUCAGCUUCCGAAAUCAUUCUGGCGCUAUUAACCAUGCGGCUGCUACAGCGCCUGCCACGAACCAUGACGUCACUUCCGCCCCCACCGACCUUGCAGCCUCCGCGAUCGCCACCCAGACAACUGCCUCCAAGAUCACCAGGAAGACCAUCGCCGACAGAUUCGAGGCCUCCGCGAGGUCCACAGCUGUCAGGAACACCAUUUCUGCCCCCAGUGACAUCACUAACCUGCACGACCACCACGCCGCAUGCGUCUCCGCCCCCAUGCCAAUCUCUGUCACCAUGACUACGCCCCACGCUGAUCGCUGUCACCAUGCCUAACCCCGCCCCCACGUCAAUCUCCACCCCCGCCCGCAAGUCUAACCCCGCCCCCACGCCCAACACUGUCCCCACUCCAAGCUCCAGCCCCACAGCAGGUCCUAGCUCCCAGCCCUGCCAUGUUUUCACCAUCCCUCCAGACCUCCCCCUCUCUGAGGAUGAAAGAUCAGUCCUCAGCCAAGGCCUCACCUUCAUUCCCUUAUGCUCUCGGGUUAACGAGUUCAACACGCGGCAACAUAUUGAACAAUUCUUCCGCCACCUUUGCCUCUGCGCGUACUUCUUCAAUCAGGAUUCUUGCCCACCCUCUGACGACCCCUUCUCCUGCCUCCAACACACCCCAUCCACCUGGACACCCCAUGCUGGCCUGUUACCUGCCCUCGAUCUCUUCAUAGCCAACUGCCACUGCGACAUUAACCUCCUCAACCUUUCCACCCCUCUCAUCCACGCCAACCUCUCACCCUCGGAACAUGCAGCCCUCCACUCCCUCCGUUCCAACCCCAACCUCACUAGCAAACUUGCAGACAAGGGAGGCGCGGUGGUAGUUUGGUGCACCGGCCUUUACACCGCUGAGGCUAAACGCCAGUUCAUGGACACCUCCUCCUACUGCCCCCUUGACCAUGACCCCACCUCCCACUAUCAAACUGUCAUCUCCCAGACCAUCCAUAACCUCACCACCUCAGAGGAUCUCCCAUCUACCGCAUCCAACCUCACAGUCCCACAACCCCGCACCGCCCGUUUCUACCUCCUGCCCAAAGUCCACAAACCUGACUGCCCUGGCCGACCCAUUGUCUCAGCCUGCUCCUGCCUCACAGAACUCACCUCUGCAUACCUCGACACGGCCAUGUCCCCCUUAGUCCAAGAACUCCCCACCUACGUUCGGGACACCACCAAUACCCUCCACCUCCUCCAUGAUUUUCGCUUCCCCAGUCCCCAACGCCUUAUCUUCACCAUGGACAUCCAGUCCCUGUACACCUCCAUCCCCCAUCACGAAGGACUCAAAGCCCUCCGCUUCUUCCUUUCCAGCCAUACCAACCAGUACCCUUCCACUGACACCCUCCUUCGACAGACUGAACUGGUCCUCACCCUGAACAACUUCUCUUUCCAAUCCUCCCACUUCCUCCAAACCAAAGGAGUAGCCAUGGGCACCCACAUGGGCCCCAGCUAUGCCUGCCUCUUCGUAGCAUAUGUGGAACAAUCCAUCUUCCGCAGCUACGCUGGCACCACCCCCCACCUUUUCCUCCGCUACAUCGAUGACUGUAUCGGCGCUGCCUCGUGCUCCCACGAGGCGGUUGAACAGUUCAUCCACUUUACCAACACCUUCCACCCCGACCUCAAAUUUACCUCGACCGUCUCAGACUCCUCCCUCCCCUUCCUAGACCUUUCCAUUUCUAUCUCGGGCGACCGAAUCAACACGGACAUUUACUAUAAAGCGACCGACUCCCACAGAUACCUAGACUACACCUCCUCCCAGCCUGCCCCCUGUAAAAACGCCAUCCCAUAAUCCCAAUUCCUUCAUCUCCGCCGCAUCUGCUCCCAGGAGGACCAGUUCCAAUACCGUACAACCCAAAUGGCCUCCUUCUUCAAAGACCGCAAUUUCCCCCCAGACGUGAUCGACGACACCCUCCACCACAUCUCCUCCACUUCCCGCUCCUCUGCCCUUGAGCCCCGCCCUUCCAAUCACCACCAGGACAAAACCCCACUGGUCCUCACCUACCACACCACCAACCUCCGUAUACAUCGUAUCAUCCGUCGUCAUUUCCGCCACCUCCAAACGGACCACCACCAGAGAUGUAUUUCCCUCCACUCCCCUAUCAGCGUUCCGAAAAGACCACUCCCUCCGUGACUCCCUCGUCAGGUCCACACCCCCCCACCAACCCAACCUCCACUCCCGGCACCUUCCCCUGCAACCGCAAGAAAUGCAAAAUUUGUGCCCCCACCUCCCCCCUUACUUCCCUCCAAGGCCCCAAGGGAUCCUUCCAUAUCCUCCACAAAUUCACCUGCACCUCCACACACGUCAUUUACUGCAUCCGCUGCACCCGAUGUGGCCUCCUCUAUGUUGGGGAGACAGGCCGCCUACUUGCGGAAUAUUUCAGGGAAUACCUCUGGGACACCCGGACCAACCAACCCAACCACCCCGUGGCUCAACACUUCAACUCCCCCUUCCACUCCACCAAGGACAUGCAGGUCCUUGGCCUCCUCCAUCGCCAGACCAUAGCAACAUGACAGCUGGAGGAAGAGCGCCUCAUCUUCCGCCUAGGAACCCUCCAACCACAAGGGAUGGCACAGACUGGGAACACAGGGAGCCAACACCUUCAACAUCUCAACAUCUUAUCUGCGCUGACACCAAUUGUUACAGUUAACCUGAGAAUGUAACUUUUUAAAAAGGUUUUGUGAUUUACAUAUGAUAGAAGUGAAACUAUCAUGGCCAUUCUAACAGAUGGGAGACUUAACAAACAAUCAAAGUAUUUUUCAAUGUAUAAUUUCAGUUACAUCACACUGUAAAUUUUUGCUAUAAAUUCUGUCUCUUACAACUGUGUACUCCACAACCACCUGAUGAAGGAGCGUUGCUCCGAAAGCUAGUGCUUCCAAUUAAACCUGUUGGACUAUAA